GGCUUAUGGAAAACACUUAAGCUGACAUCGUCACUAGACAGAGAUGACGAACAAAAGGUUUCCAACUUUACAAGUCGAUGAUUAUCAGAAUUCCAGAAAGGGAUGAUCAUCAAAGAUGACCAAAUCUAAAGUUUAAGUCUAUUAAACUAGGUUGUGUUAAAAAGUUAAGUUCAAAACGAACGGCUAAGAUCUGUCUGAACUCAAAGAAAAGGAAACUUCUUUGUCUUUUUAUAUCGAUCUAAGAUCUAUCAAUCGAGUCAAAAUUUAGGGUUUUCGUUCCAUGAUGGAACCUGAGAAGGGCAGCCGAUGCAUCUUGGAACCGAUCCCUCUUGAUCUGAAGAAAUUGACUAGAUCGCCUGCAAAGAGCCGGCCAGGUAAGAAGCUACAUGUCUUCCUCCCUUACGAUAUGGAGGUGGAGACACUGAUUAGAUUGCCUGGAAAGUCGCUUAUGAAGUUCCUAUGCGUGUCCAAGACUUGGUCUUCCAUUAUCCGAAGCCAAAGAUUCGUCGCUUCUUACUACGCUGCCAAGCCAUCCCGUUUUGUAGUCGCUCUCACCAACGGUGUAUCUGGUGAUCCCAAGCGUCUGUUCAUCUUCACGGGAGACGGGGAGGAGGCAACUUCGUCUUCUUCUACUUAUUCAUUGGUUGCGAAUCUAGACAUGACAAUACCCUCAGUGACCUUGCCUUGCGGCGGCUACAAGUAUUCUUCCGUCCAUGGCUUUAUCGCUUGUAACGAUGUGACAACGUUCAUUGUAUGUAAUCCUAGCACGGGCCAAGUCACUACCUUUCCCUGCAAGGCAACGGGCACAUGCUUGGGAUACGAUCCUGUUGGUGAUCAAUUCAAAGCAUUGACCCAUGUGACAUCUAUCUUUGAUCAUAUGCAUAACCCUAGUUGUUUCAUGGUGCACGAGGUUAUAACACUUGGAGGAGGAGGAGGAGGACUAGUAUCUCGUAGCCGAGUUACCUCCCCGUAUUAUCGCCCUAUGACUGUGGGACUAUGCAUCAAUGGUUUCAUGUAUUAUGCUGCUUCUGUUCCAAAUCAAACAGCAGAGACUCCUCCUACUCAUGUGUUUGUGUGCUUUGAUGUUAGAAACGAGAGGAUACUAAGUUUUAUCACUACGCCUAAGGAGGUCCUGGUUUGGAAGGUUCAUACAUCAUUGAUAGAAUACAAAGGGAAGCUAGCUGUCGUUGUACCAACAAACUGUUUGAGAACUGGUUCUUCUUUCGACCGUUUUGAUCUUUGGAUACUGGAGGAUGUGACGAAACAUGAGUGGUCCAGACAAUCAUUUCAGCUUCCCUUGUCUCUUCCCUUCGCUUUUCGGAGGAGUCAGCGUAUGAUUUCCCAAGGAACCAACAAGGCCGGUGAAAUCAUUUUCUCCCCAACAUCUCUGCCAGGCCGUGCCCAGCCCUUUUAUGUUUUCUACUUCAACCCAGACACGAAGAGCACGAGAAGAGUCAGGAUCCACGGAGUCGCUGAUACUGAAGAGUUCUGGAGCCGUCAUGGACUCACAGGCAUGUGCUGCGUCUCUUUCUCGCCCCAACACGAUGAUAGUAUUGCUUUUUUAUAACUGUGUGUUUUUUUGUGUAAGAGCUUGACAAAACAAAAACUCUUUUUUUUAUCAAUAUUUAUCCAGCAAACUUGUUUUUGUUAUCUUUAGUGACUCGAAUCCGUUGAUGGUUUUUUUUUUUUUUUUUCUUGUUCCUUCUUUAUUCUUGUUUAUUCUAGUUUCACAACUCUUUACUUGUAUUGUGUAAUAUGUGCACUAGAUUUCUUUCAACUUGUCUUGCUACUGUGUUCUCUGUUUCUAUAAGGAAGACACUAUGCUUAUACGGUUGGAAAA